AUGGACACGACGCCAGCGAAUGGACCUAGUUGUUCUCUUGAGGAUAGCAAGGACGUCCACAUUGAUGUAAACGAACAGGGUGAAGACGAGAAGGGAUAUUCGCCGAAUGAUGAAUCUCGCGGGGCAAAGGGACCUGGCUUUCCAUGGGAGGUAGGCAAGCGAUGGUCAUGCGAAGAUCCUCUCCGUUUUCCUAUUGUCAGCGAAGGUCAGACGUUAAAAGAAUGUCGCGAAAUUGUGGAAGUUCUCGACAACGGAAAGUGUGAAGCUUGGAAGGACGAGAUUCAGAAUCUCUUGAUCUUCGCUGGUUUGUUCUCCGCCAUCGUCACCUCUUUCAGUGUCGAAGUAGCUGGCUCGUUGGAAGAUUCACCUGAAGAUGUCACCAUUCAGCUCCUCACCCAGCUACUCGCUGUCCAGCUGAACUCGACAGCCAACCCCACUGGUAUGACGGUUCCAGAGGUCCCUUCUUUUGCACCACCACCCAAUGCAACACGUGUCAACAUCCUCUGGACGGUCAGUUUGACCCUCAGCUUGGCCGUGACCACAGUCGCGAUUCUGUGCCUCCAAUGGAUACGCGAAUACCAACGUCAAGACCCCGGUCGUUCUCACAAAGACACACUAGCCAGUCGACACGUCCGAGACCGGUCAUUUGCCGCCUGGAAAGUCCCUUUCAUCAUCUCAAUCCUCCCCAUAAUCCUACUUGUCUCUCUCGCGCUUUUCCUAGUCGGUCUGGUGGACUAUUUCCACGCGAUGAGUCCCUUGACGGCAUGGAUUCUCGUUAGCGUCGUCGGACCCACCCUCCUCGUGGUCGUUGCAACAACCGUCCUCCCGGGCCUGUAUGAUUUCUGGGUCAUCAACGGAUGGCAGAACCGAUGGCGCACGCCGUCCGACCUGUUCCCUUCGUAUUGUGCCUACAAGUCACCUCAGGCUUGGGCAUUUACGAUGUCCUGUAGCACCCUCGUCAUCGCCUGGUCGAACUUCAAGGAUCUAUUACGUCCUGCUUGGAAACGCCGACCACCACCGAACAGUCUCACCAAAGUCCUCAACCUCCCGAACUGGAUUGCGUAUGAUGGGUGGUGGAGGGGUCAUUCGAAGGACGAUUACGUUUCGAGCAUCUUCUCGCUCGCACAAGAACUCAAAGGGACAGAAAGCUCGAUCCCUCAUGGCGUAUACGACUGCCUACGCGACAUGCAAACCGCUGACGAACUACGGAAAGCCAGUAAAGCGAUCCUUGGUCCAGAGAACGUACCCUCGCCCAAGUUCUUCGACGAGAAUCGGGUCCCGGUUUUAAAGGAUCUCGUCAUGUUCAAUGUCGGGCAGGAAUUGUUCGUGUCCCAGGGACUGAAGCACGAUCUUCAAGACUGGCAGCAUCUCCAUCGGCUGGAGCUCUUCACCAGGUUAAGCCAGAGUCUGGGUUCGAUCCGAGAGGGAAGUUACACCUAUGGGAAUCUGGAGCCCAUCUUGACGAUCGAAUGUCCUCCGCUAUUCAACGACGUCGACAUAUCGAAGGAGAAACUUCCUUCUCUUCCUUCUGGUCUUCGAAUUGAACUGUUCAAAUGUUUCCAAGAUCGACUGAACGAGACACAGAGUACCCACCCCCAAGGCUGGGCUUGGCCCGUCGUCACUCCGAAUGUCUUCAACUCAAUGCUCGCCCUUCUUUCCACCUUCGUUCUCGAUCCCGUUGAAGAUGUCGAUGCAUCCGAUGAAGAAGGGAAGGCGGCCUUGGUCCAGUCGACAGCAGCAACCAGGUGGCCGCAAACGUUUUCCAUGGUUGACGCUGGCUUCAGAUCCUUAGCCAACCACCCACAAUCAUGCGACUUGUUCAUCAACUGUCUUGCACCCUGGAUGAACAAGUACCAUAAAGACGCAUUCCGUCAUAAUAAAACCUUGCUUGUAGAGUCGAAUGGAGUCUGGGAGUUUCUCGAUGCGGUGUACUCGGUUGGAAUCGAGGACAGGACUUGGGAGCAGGCGAGGUUAUGGGAGAAUUUCGAACUCGAGAUUGGGUUUAAGGUGAUGUCACCGUCUCUCCGUAUCCAACUCCUCGACGACUACACAUCCGCGCUCGCAACCUAUCCAAAUCCCGAACUCGGCACUGGCACCCUCCCCAACCGCAUCCUCGAAAUCGCGCUCACUUUCAUCCUCGACGAGCACAGUCCCUCGACGGACCGCAUAUUGCUACGUAACAAGAUUGACGGGGCGUUCCACCUCCUUGUGAGCUUCCAACGGUACCUGGACCUCCAAGGAUUGGACUGGCGAUUCUGCAGGCAGGGGCUCCUCCCGUGGACAGAUCCGGCUAAUGAAGAAAUGUUCCUUGCGAAUAGGGAUUUACUUGAUGGCGGGGAUGCGACGGGAUUCCUGGACUUCUUGGAGAUCUUGCCUCGGAAGUGGGACUCCGAGAUGUAUUACAACGAGCAGUGGAAGAGGCUGGGUGGGUUGCUUGGUGAGUCUGAGGACGAUCGCGAGUCGCUGGAGAUUUCGGACCACGAGGGGGACAUGUAA